AUGAAAAUGAGCAAAUUUCAAGAGUACCUCUCUCCUCAUUCAAAUUGGUCUCUCGAAAUACAUAUCUAUCUGUCUAUCUAUUUAAAUAGAACAUCAAGGAUAAGAGUCAUUAAAGACGAUAGAAGACCGAGUUCAUUCAUCAAAUAUCGUUGUACACAAUGA